AGUGAAUGGAGAGAGAGAAUCUUAAGGUAUGGUGUGGUGCCAGCUAUGAAGUUGAAGGAUCAAAGCUUUCUCUGAGGUCAAAGCUGGCAAAUUUUUAUUUUAUUUUUAUUUUUUAGGCUUUGUUUUUCUCUCCACAACCUUCCCUAUUUACACUAGUAAUCUACACAGAUUUUAAAUCAACCAUCUCUUUCUCUCUCUUCCUCUCCACUUUUCUCCCAUUUUCCCUCUCUACCAUAUUCUCUCCCUAUAUAUUUUUUUUCUCUUUUCAGAGAAAAAAUAAAAUGCGUAUGCUUUGAUUUCAAAUAGAGGAACAGAGAGAAGAGUUUAUGGUUGUUUCUUCUUCAGCAAGAAUGGCUACUUCUCCAUGCCUGAGCGGUUCUGAAAAGAAACACUGGUGGCUUAGCAACCGAAAGAUUGUAGAUAAGUACAUUAAAGACGCUAGAAACCUUAUUGCAACUCAGGAACAGAGCGAUAUUGUUUCCGCUCUGAAUCUUCUAGACGCGGCUUUGGCUGUGUCUCCUCGCUUUGAAGUGGCUUUAGAACUUAAAGCUAGAUCUUUGCUUUACCUUAGACGAUUCAAGGACGUGGCGGAUAUGCUUCAAGACUACAUUCCGAGUCUAAAAAUCGGAAAUGACGAGUCCGGUUCGGUUUCUUCUGAUAACUCCUCAUCUUCCUCGCAGCAGCUCUCGAGAGAACGAGUCAAACUCUUGUCUUCUAAUAACUCGUCCUCGGACUCAACGGACCGCGAUCCCAGCUUCAAGUGUUUCUCUGUCUCGGACUUGAAAAAGAAAGUCAUGGCUGGGCUUUGUAAAAAUUGCGAGAAAGAAGGGCAAUGGAGAUACUUGGUUUUGGGCCAAGCUUGUUGUCAUCUGGGUCUUAUGGAGGACGCCAUGGCCCUCCUACAAACCGGAAAACGCCUUUCUACAGCCGCAUUCCGCCGGGAAAGCAUUUCUUGGUCCGACGAUAGUUUCUCCAUUUCCAACUUCCCAAUCUCCGGUGACAUAUCCACUUCAUCAGCCCCACCAACGCCACCGCGAAAUUUAUCCGAUACGGAAAGCAUUUCCCAGCUUUUAUCCCACAUCAAGCUGCUCCUCCGCCGCCGUGCCGCAGCAAUCGCCGCACUUGACGCAGGACUCUAUUCCGAGGCCAUCCGCCACUUCACAAAGAUUGUAGAAGGCCGCCGCGGGGCCCCGCAAGGAUUCUUGGCGGAAUGUUAUAUGCACAGAGCUUUUGCGUAUAAGUCAUCAGGUAGAAUAGCGGAGGCGAUUGCUGAUUGCAACAAAAAUUUAGCUCUUGACCCUACAUGUAUACAAGCACUAGAAACAAGAGCGUCACUUCUAGAAACAAUCCGAUGCUUGCCUGAUUGUUUGCACGAUCUUGAACACUUGAAACUUUUAUACAAUUCAAUCUUGCGAGACCGAAAACUUCCAGGUCCGGCCUGGAAACGGCAUAACGUUCGAUACAGGGAGAUUCCAGGGAAACUCUGUGCAUUGACUACAAAGAUUCAAGAACUGAAACUGAGAGUAGCUUCUGGAGAAACUGGAAAUGUUGAUUAUUAUGCUUUAAUUGGACUAAGGCGGGGUUGUUCAAGAUCUGAAUUAGAAAGAGCUCAUUUAUUGCUCUGUUUAAGGCAUAAACCUGAUAAGGCUAUAAAUUUUGUUGAAAGAUGUGAAUUUGCAGAUGAUAGGGAUCUUGAUUCAGUCAAAGAUAGAGCUAAAAUGUCUGCAUUAUUGCUCUAUAGAUUGCUUCAAAAGGGUUAUACAAGUGUAAUGGCUACAAUAAUGGAAGAAGAAGCUGCAGAGAAACAAAGGAAGAAAGCUGCUGCUGCUUUACAAGCAGCACAAGUAGCUGCAGCUGCAGCAAUUCAAGCGCAGAAUACAAAACCUGAAUCAAAUCAAUCUACAAUGGAGAAAUCAGGUCCUAAUAGAAUCAGUUCAACUGAAAUUGCAGUAACAUCUUCAGGAACUACUAAUUCAUCUGUUUUUCAAGGGGUAUUUUGCCGGGACCUCGCUGCAGUUGGGAAUUUACUAUCUCAAGUUGGAUUUAAUCGUCCAAUUCCAGUAAAAUAUGAGGCAUUGAGCUGCUAAGUUAGAGUAUCAACAACAAGAACAAGUCUUUGAGAUGUUAACGGCGGUAGAAUCUCUGGUUCAUUUUGUACAAAAUAUAUAUAAUUUAGGCCGCCGGAAAAUUUUGUCACCCUUUGUCUUCUUCUAUCACUCUCUUUCUUUUCUUUUCGUUUUUUUUUUUUUUUCUACAUCUUAUUUUCAUCAUCUACUACAUGUACAGAAUUUUCAAAUUUUCAGUACUCAGAGCCAGUUUCUACUUUUUUUUAAUAUA